UGAGGUCCUACGGUGUCGACUCUUUCACAUUUCCAGAGAUAACAGCGUUGGCGUGAGGCCCUUGGAACUGAACACGACCCUCGCUCUAUACGACUUCAAGUACAAUAUUGAGCCGCUAAAGUAGUGAGCUUUCGAGCCAGAUCUGAUCCAAGCGCCCACUCGCCGCAAGUGAAUGAUUGUUGAUCACGAUCAUUCAGGCGAGCGAGGAUCAUCAAUACCCAAGUGCAUGACUUCCGCAAUUAUAAAAGCGUUCUUGUUCCACAGGUCACCUAAACAGCUUUCUAUUUACCGCUCGGGCGAAACUGGGGUGCCACCCAAGCGCCGAGAUUCAUUGAAGUUGUCCCUCCGCUGAGGUGACAGUAGGCACAUAGGUCCUGACCAGCGGGUUCCAAUUCCGGCAUGUCAACCCGAGCUCUCUGGUACGUUGCUGGUACGAGGAAAGCUCCCAAAGCCACGCUCUACAUGCGCUGCAAUGUCAAGCCUGGGACCAACAAAAACCGCGAGGGUAUCGCGGCAGUCAAUGAAGAAGCCGUCGAGAUCUGUGUGGCUGCACAGGCGCGCGAAGGCGAAGCGAACAAAGCGGUUGUCAGGGUCUUGAGCGAGGUGCUCGAUCUGCCAAAGUCAGACUUGCAGAUCACCCAGGGCCUCAAGUCCAGGAGCAAGACUGUUGCGGCAGCCGGAUCUUGGAUAAACUCUGCUGAAGAUGAGUGUCUGAGGCGCGCCAAAGAAUAUCUGGACCGAGCCAUAGACAGCUCUUGA